GAGUUUUACUUUGUGCAUUUUUUUUCUAAAUUGUGAAAUUGUGCAUGCGGCCGGAAAAGUGAUGCAGCGAGAGAUGAUUGCUGAUGCAAAGACUACUGAAGUGUACCUUGCUGUUUCACGUCCUGAGCAUACUUGUUUUUGUUUUCCAACAGUAACUAACCUCUAAGUCGCUUGUGAUAAAGCAUUUUAUGUGUGUUUUUCGGAACGCAAUCACAUUUGCACAGUGUAUUUUUGUUUCGGGACAAACUGUUGGCUUUAUUGGGAUGUAGUUCACAUUCAUCAGUCGUUAAAUAUGCAGAUAAAGCACUGAUCUCAUUGAAACUGAGGAAAUGAAGAGGAUGUUUUCUCGUACAAUGUUGUGUAACAAUGUUGUAUAACAACAAGAAAGCCGACUUAUUUGGGAGUUUAUGUCAAUAUGUAUGUAAGUGUGUAAUUUAAUAUGGUGGAAUGAAAGGACGCGAAAGGAAGUUUAAAGUGGCUUCUAGAUAGAUGGUAACACGGGCUCAGUCUGUCUGAUGAAAUCUGAAUCUGCUUCAGAGGAUUUAAUCGCUAAAUAUUUAAAUAGGCUAGUUAGUUAGGGAAAGGGAUCUUACGCAAGUUAAUUACCUUUUUCAAUUAAGCCAGAAGAAUCCCUCAUCUGGUUGGUUUACACAUAGCUCUGAAUGACCUUUUAAGAAAAGCCGUCAUUGUUAUUAUUAUUAUUUUGUUAAUUGCUUAUAUAUUCAUCCGGGCCCUUGUUUAGUGAAUGAAUGGCGAUGUCGAUCUAGUGAAAAGGGGUAGACAUGCGAUUCGACACUUAUAAAACAGGUCAUUCAGGCGGGUUUACCAGUUCAUUUUGGUGUGAAAGAAUCUGUCGAAAAGCUCUGUGGACUUAACUCGAUCACAUUUGCACCAUUUGACAUUUGUAAGCGUCUCAGAUUUUAGUUACCUCUCACUGUGUUGCAGUUUAUGUUGAUCGACAAAAUUAAAUUUGUUCUGUUGUUUUUGUUAGGAUAAUCAGGGCAAGAUAAGAUGGACUUUCAUUAAUUCCACGUAGGGGAAUUUCGGUGCUACGGCAACAGUUAUAGACAGGGUCAGACAAUAUACUUAACAUAAGUGCACAGAAUGAAAUGACAAAUGUAUAAACAUCCGGUGGUAAAUAUAAAUAUAAACAACAUCUCUUAAUGUUGUUUUAGGCCAGUGGUUUUCCAUUUUGGUGUAGCAAAUACCUCUGAGUACUCGUCUUUAUAUCAACUGAACGUUUAAUUAAUUCUGUAGUAAGAAGCCAGCCCAUGCAGUAGAGGACACUCCGAUCCGGAGGACGGUCCAUUGAAGGUCACACAUAUGCAGAUUUUACGGGCAACUUAAAUAUAGCAGUUCAUUUAACUGCAUGUCAAUGGACUGCAGUAGGAAACCUGUCUGACGGGGGACAGCAUGAAAACUCCACACAAGCAGAUCAAGCAUGUGAGGCAAAUGAUGCCAGGUGUAACCCAUUUACCUGUAACGUAGUCUGCAAUAUAUAGCUUCUGUCUCCUCUCUGUUAGAAGAUGCGAUAGCUGUGUAAUUUUUAUAAAAAUAAAAAAAAACUAGGAAAUAUCAAGUUAAAUAUCUUAAACGAAACAAAAAUCGGCAUCCAGAAAUCCACAGGAUGAUGAUUUGAAUCUAAAGCAGAGUUUUGACCUGAAAUACGUUAGCAGACCUUAAUUUAAGUAAUUCCCUUACAAACCUCACGGAGAAAAUGUCACAGCCCAGCAAGCUGGCAUAUUGUUUUUAUCUGAUGCAAUUGCAGUGUCAUAAGGACGAGUCUGCGAGAAGCUUGAUACUGGCUGGCGCCCUGCAGAUCAGAGGCGCACGGCGUGACUUUCCCGGCUGACGGGAAGCAGACGCGUCUCUCCAGAACGGAAAGCGAAACUUAAACUGGCGUAUCGACGUCCCAGUGACAUAAUCACGGAAUGACCAUCUGAACCUUUUCCUCUUUUACUCUAAAAUAAGCCAGUUUAGCUCCUUAUGCACGUCCAAGCUACCUGACCGAAUAAGAUCUGGGCUAAUCUCUAGGAAUAUAAGCGACGUUUGCAGUUUUACUAUUAUUAGAUCUUGAUCAAUUUGGCGCGGCCGAUCGACGACACAAGUUAAACAAUACAAAUUCUAUAAAGGGAUAAUUUGGUUGAUUUUUAUUUUCAGUGGUAUUUUUGAAGACACCGGCAUAUUUUUGCGAUAAAUUAGACGUAUGCUUCCACGUGCUACAAGGUGCUAAACGCUUGGAAGAAACGCGAAAACUUCUGGUUGUCUUCCUGGCAAAGAGCACCAUCGAAACUUUACGAGUGACAUGCACGUGUUUAGUGUAAUAUUGCGAAUAUAACUACAUUUUAAAGGGGGCAUUCAAGGCUGAGCAGUCUAUUUGUGCCCCUAAUUUAACUGUCAUCCAUCUUAUACCUCACUUCCCUCUUGCCAACUCGCUCCAAACCCUCAUUUCAGGUACAGCAGCGUAUGCAGUGACCACCUGUCUUGUUCCUACGGACGACCCGUCAAUGACAUAACUGCCAUCUUGUAUGUCCAGCUGGUACUGAGCCGGCGCCCUGCCCUUCCGCUGACUCUGACCCCUGCGAUAUGAGCAGAGGUAGAGGCGGCCCUUCCAAAGAGUAUUACCAAUUUCCCCCUCCCUACCUUCAGGGUAACCGUCAAUACCGGCCUGGUUUUGCUGCGAGCGGCGGUCAUCCAUGGGCAGCACGACUCCCCGAUAAUCCCAUUCAUGUUAACAGAUUCCCGGGCCCCUCUACCCCGAGCACCAUCACCACCGAUCCCCACCCUUUCUGGCCAUCGGACCCUCCCCUCCCAAACCAGCCUCCGCCUAGCUCAGCUCCAAAUGGAGUAGAAGGCCAAAAUUAUCCGGACUUCCGUCAGCAACAGAUUCAGUUCUUGAGAGGUAAUACAUCUGAAGCUCCUCAGAUUAGAACGUGUCUUCAAGGUGGGAGCCACUGUUUGGGUGCUCGGACUGAGGAUAGAGGGGGAAGUGGAGGCGUCCUCACCCAGCGACAGACAGAGCACUUCAGAAACCACGCUAACGCUCCCAGGAGGAAAGAGGUCUACAACUACGGUGGCAGAGGACACGGCAGUUUCGGGAACUCUCCCUGCCACUCUGGCCCCAAAAGGCAAGCCAGUUGGAGUCAGCCUGCAAGGCCCCAAGCUUUAAACCAUCAGCAGAAAAGAUACCAAAGCUUGAAUUCAGAAUAUGGUAACUCCUUUUUCAUAGACCAAUUUCACAAUUUGUCUCUGGAACAAGAGGGGCCUGGCAGGUACAACAAUUUGGAUAGAUUGUCCCCAGGUCCGAGUAGCAGCAUCUACUCUGGCAGUUUUCACUCUACACCUACUUCAACUGCUAAAGCAACUCCACUGAUCCAAGAUCAGGUUCUCCAGGUCCUAACAUUGUUAAGUCCAGGGGAGUCAGUUCAAGCUAAAGUUCUUGCCAAAAAAUUCCGCUUGCCGAAAAAAGUAGUCAACCAGGCACUGUACGCACUGCUCCGGGCAAAGAAGGCGGAAAGGAAGGGUGAAAAUCCUCCUCUUUGGACUCUUUUCCAGGGGACAUCGGGUGAAAGGGCAAACGGGCAUACUAGUGACAGCAGCCUAGCAAUACCUGAACGGGGCAGUGUGGAAAAAGAAGGGGAGCAAGAGAAAGAAGUUGAGGUACCUUUUCAAUCCAAAAUUGAAAGAGAGAGUGACCAAGCUGACGUGCCAAACCAGUAUACCAACAGAGCCCCAGAACAAGAAUCUGACUCCUCCUCGGACACAUCUGAUUUUGAGCGGGACCAACCUCUUACUACUAGUAAGACAGUGAACUCUGUCAAUAUGACGGACACCAAAGAACGAAUUCUCCAGUACCUCUAUGAAUCAGCCAAGGCCAAUGCACUCAUGCUGGCAAAGAACCUUGGCUUCAGAAGCGCAAAGCAGGUCAACCCAACCCUGUAUAUACUGGAGCAGCAAGGUGACCUUUGUCGAGACUCGUCUGUUUCACCUCCCCUCUGGGAGCUGUCCGAUCACAAGAGGGAGCGCAUGGAGAGGCACAAGAAGGCCACGCAGGGAAUCACUUUCGAAGGGUCAUCUCUGUCGCUGGGGGCAAUUGCAGCUGAACCAGUUCCUGGAGAAAGUGUAACGGGGAUCAUAGCUGGAUGUGUCAGUGGUGAGCUCACUCCUGCCAACCGUUCAACUUGUGAGCCGGUGCAUUUUGCAAGUUUAGAAACUAAGGACUGUGGGCUAGGUAACAUGGUGUCACCUGGCCAAGCAAGUCAAGUACAAGAACUAGUAAUGGCCAAACCAGCUCCAGACAGUCAUUCUGUACCCAUUCCAGAACUGGAUACCACCCCUCGUGAAAGUAGUAUCCUGCCCUACUCUGGCGCCUAUAACUCUGCCCCCUUUUCCUGCCAUCUUCCUUUCCGCUGUCAGGAAGACUCUAAGAAUGGAGGUCUUUCGCAGUGGAUGUCUGAUGAUAUUCCAGAGUUUCUUAAUGCCAUCCAGCCUGUGUCUGAGGGCACAGUGGCUGUGUCUGUUGCCGCAGCUCCUCAGUCCCUGGAUUCCAGUCGCCUGCAGAAGCUUCUGGAGGUGCGUUCCAAAAAUCCUGUGAGUGGGCUGAUGGAGUUUUCCCAAUAUUUGGGUCAGAGCUGCGAGUUUCUUCUUCUUGACCAAUCUGGACCUUCACAUGACCCAAGGUUCCGGAUGCAGGUUAUGCUGAAUGGUCGCCGCUUUCCUGUGGCGGAGGCGUCCAGCAAGAAGACGGCCAAGAAGGAUGCGGCAGCUGUGACGCUGAAGACCCUUCUGCGAGAGCUUGGAUGGGAAGCCGAGGAUAUUAAAGAGGAGGAAGAGGAGGAAGUGGAGGAGGGGGAGCAGGGGAACACGGCAGGCAGAGAUAUUGCCAAUGACCCGACAGUCGAGACCACUGGGCCUUGCUCUGGGACCCCGCAGCAGCCGCUGGCACGCUCCCUCCCCGGCGGGAAGAACCCUGUGUCUAUGCUGAUGGAGUACAGCCAGCGCAGUGGAUAUCCCAUCGAGUUCAUAAACACAGGACAGGAGGGGCCCCCCCCCGACCCCCGGUUCAUGUUCCGGGUGAAGGUGGGCCACCAGGUCUUCAAUGAAGCCUCAGCCCCCAGUAAGAAGUCAGCGCGGCAGCUGGCAGCCGAGGAGGCCGUCAAGGAGCUGUUGGUGGAUGGCAAGCUGCCGCUCAGCAAGGGCCCACGGAUCUUCGCACUGCUGUCCUCACAGCUGAGCUCCGGGGAUGACGACUCGGGCCAGACCCCAGGGCCUUGCCUCACCCUGACAGCGGCCGAGGUGCAGGCAGCCCAUGAGGCUGGGGUGGGUGACCUCAUAAACCAUCUCAACAACAACGCUGUAUCAGGCCUGCUGGAGUAUGCCCGUGCGCGGGGCUUCGCCGCCGAAAUCCACCUGGUGGGCCAGUCGGGUCCGGCCCACGACCCACGAUUCACAUACCAGGCGAAGCUGGGGGGGCGCUGGUUUCCGCCCGUCUGCGCCAGCAGCAAGAAGCAGGGCAAGCAGGAGGCGGCUGACGCGGCUCUUAGGGUCCUAAUCGGGGAAGCGGAGAAGGCGGCCCGCAUGGGGGAGCUCAUCGCCGAGCUCCCAGUGAGCGGCAGCACCCUCCAUGACCAGAUCGCCAUGCUGAGUCAUCAGCGCUUCAACGCGCUGACCGCCCGCAUGCAGCACAGCCUCCUGGGCCGCAAGAUCCUCGCCACCAUCGUCAUGAGGAAGGGGAGCAGCCUGGGGGUCGUGGUCAGCAUGGGCACUGGCAACCGCUGCGUUAAAGGGGAAGAGCUGAGCCUUAAAGGGGACACUGUUAAUGACUGUCACGCAGAAAUCAUCUCCAGAAGAGGUUUCAUUAGGUUCCUGUUCAGCGAGCUGAUGAAGCAGGACUGUGGCUCUCAGGAGAGCAUAUUUGAGUCCGCAGAGGAUGGCAAGCUUCGGGUCAAGCCCGAGGUGACCUUUCACCUUUAUAUCAGCACCGCCCCGUGUGGCGACGGUGCCCUCUUUGACAAGUCCUGCAGUGAGACAGCUGAGAGUGCAGAAGACGGGCACAAGCCUCUUUUUGAGAAUGUGAAGCAGGGGAAACUGCGCACCAAGGUGGAGAACGGAGAGGGCACCAUCCCUGUGGAGUCCAGCGACAUUGUGCCCACGUGGGACGGCAUCCAGCACGGGGAGCGGCUGCGCACCAUGAGCUGCAGUGACAAGAUCCUCCGCUGGAAUGUGCUAGGCCUGCAGGGGGCACUGCUCAGCCACUUCCUGCACCCAGUUUACCUCCGCUCCAUUACUCUAGGAUACCUGUACAGCCAUGGCCACCUGACACGGGCCGUCUGCUGCCGAUUGGCCAGAGAUGGGCCAGACUUCGCGAAGAAUCUCCCCCCUAGCUUUACGCUGAACCACCCGGAGGUCGGCCGGGUCAGCGUGUACGAUUCCUCGCGCCACACGGGUAAAACCAAGGAGUCCAGCAUCAACUGGAGCCAGCCAGACCAGGCCAGUGUGGAGGUGCUGGACGGGACCAAGGGCAAAGUGGAUGGCCUCACGCUAGAAGUGUCCCGCGUCUCCAAGUCCAACAUGUUCCGCCUGUUCCACGCCCUGUGCCACCAGAAGGGGCGUUCCGACCUGCUAGCACUCCCCUCCUAUGCUCACGCCAAGAUGGCCGCCAGGCCCUUCCAGGAAGCCAAGGCCCAGUUCUUCCAGGCGCUAAACGGGCAUGGCUACGGGACAUGGAUCUGCAAACCCCUGGAGGAGAAGAGCUUUGAAGCCGGGUCGGGCGUGAGUGGUGGCAGCGGCGCCGAAUAGGGCAGAGGGCGGAGCUUAGGAGGGCAAACGACGUGGGACGGGAGUUGGUGGGGGGUGGGAGGGAUGUACAACAGUCUCAGUACCAGAGGGAGGCGCCGUUGGGUAAGCGGGUGGCCUGAGGGGACGGGAGCUUCUGAAACGCUGAUGCAGACUUGUGCUGUAUUUGCACAUCGAUCACCUACUAACACUUUAAUGGAAUUAGUACAUGCACACGUACAAGCCAUGGCUGCUUCCCUUCUCAGUGGUCACAUGAUUUAAUGGGGUGGAGGGGGCGGAGCACUUGAUCUCAUUGUAAUUGCCCCUGGAGUGAAGCCGGCCUCCAGCUCUCCUCUGAAUUAUUACUGUGUGUGUGUGAUGUCUGUGUGCCCCCCCCCAAUUCCCAGUGCUCCCUGGACCACUAGAGCUCCCCGUGUGCGGAAGUGUGGCGUAGUCAGAGCCAGCCGGCUUCAAGUGGGCAUCAAAAUACUCGGGUCAGCUGCCUCUGUUCUGAUUCUCUGGGCUGUAUCAUACAUACUGUACAUACAGAUAUAUGUGCACACAGAUGUAUAUGUAACUCAUCUGCCUAUAUAUAGAUUUGUGUGUAUGUAUAUAUGUAUAUAUUUUAUGUAUAUAUCUUGUAGCCCUCCCUUCUCAAAGUGGGUUUGAUUUUACUUAAUUUCUCUUGAUACUUAAAGACAUGUUGCUGAUCUCUCCAGGGACUGGUUUUUCUUUUAACUGGUGUCCAGUGGUCACGUGAUUGCUGACACAUCCUGCCACGCACACACACACACACACACACACGCUUGUCUCGGAACCCUCACCUGAUACACCGCCGGGUGCUCUGUGAUUUUUUUUUAUUUUUAUUUUUUUUAAUUUUACUUUUUUCUUUCAUCCUCAGUUGAUUCCAUUAGAUCUCCAUCAGCCCACUUGUUACUGUAAACUGGAACACAGUAGGAAAUGCUACAUAAAAAAAAAAAACGUUUUACAAGGCCAUUGUU